UAGCCAUGUGGAAAAGCAAGCUAAGGCACUAAGCGAGGAAGGCCGAGCACCAAUCCUUCCUCUUUCUCCUUGUUCGAUCCCGACGGUUCUUCUCAAGGAGCUGGAAUCUUCGCUGAGAGACGCGGAAUCGAAGAGGACUGCUCGAUAGUUCGUAGGCGCAUUCGGAUCAUUUCGUGGUACUGUGUUGUUCCCGUCAGUGACUCUGAUCAGGUGAGCGAUUUAGAAGCCUCGUCGAUGAUGUGCUUAGCGUUUGGUUUGCAUCGUACGGAGCGGAAGGGUUGAGUGCUUGUAGUCGUUGCGGCUGAAGGCAUGGCGGCGGCGGCAGAUCAGGGGAGGACAGGCAACGCCGAGAGGGUCAUCGAGCAGGCUAUAACUGCAUUGAAGAAGGGAGCAUACUUGCUAAAGUAUGGACGCAGAGGAAAGCCAAAAUUUUGCCCAUUCCGAUUGUCCAAUGAUGAGUCCCUGCUAAUAUGGUUCUCAGGUAAAGAGGAGAAACACCUCAAACUAAGCCAUGUGACGAGAAUCAUUCCUGGACAACGCACUGCAAUUUUUCAAAGGUAUCCACAGCCUGAGAAGGAAUGCCAAUCAUUUUCUCUUAUAUAUAGUGACAGAUCACUGGAUCUUAUAUGCAAGGAUAAAGAUGAAGCUGAUGCCUGGUUUGCUGGUUUAAAAGCAUUGAUGUCACGUAGUCAUCAGCAAAGAAGGAGAACAGAAUCUAGAAGUGAUGGAAUAUCAUCUGGUGCAACCAGUCCAAGGACAUACACUCGAAGAAACUCUCCUUUGAACUCCCCUUUUGGUAGUAGUGAUAGCAUGGCUAAGGAUGGAAGUGACACUCUCCGAUUCCGGAGUCCAUAUGAAAGCCCAACAAAGAAUGGACUAGACAAAUCAUUAUCUGAUGUCAUUGCUUAUGCAGUACCCCCAAAGAAUUUCUUGUCUUCUGAUUCUGCUACUGGGUCAGUCCACUCUUUAUCUUCUGGGUAUUCAGGUAGUAUAAAUGUGCAUACGAGGGGCAGUUCCACAGAUGCAUUCAGGGUUAGUCUCUCAAGUGCGGUCAGCUCAUCCAGUCAAGGCUCUGGUCAUGAUGAUGGAGAUGCUUUAGGGGAUCUAUUUAUUUGGGGUGAAGGAACUGGAGAAGCAAUUUUAGGUGGUGAAAGUCUUAGAUCUGAUAACUAUUCAAGUAUGAAAGUGGAUUCUCUUGUGCCAAAAGCUUUGGAAUCUGCUGUAAUAUUAGAUGUUCAGAAUGUUUCCUGUGGUGGGAGGCAUGCGGCCCUUGUAACCAAGCAAGGAGAGAUAUACUCUUGGGGGAAGGAGUCUGGAGGUAGGCUUGGGCAUGGAGUAGACGCUGACGUAUCCCAACCGAAACUAAUUGAUGCUCUUGCAACCACAAAUAUUGAGCUCGUUGCUUGUGGGGAACAUCAUACUUGUGCUGUUACACUUUCUGGUGAUCUUUACACAUGGGGGGAUGGUAAAUCUGCACUUGGGCUACUUGGUCAUGGAAAUGAGAUGACCCACUGGAUACCAAAGAGGGUCAGUGGACCAUUGGAGGGAAUCCAUGUUUCAUCAGUUUCUUGUGGACCUUGGCAUACAGCUGUUGUAACCUCAGCUGGGCAACUGUUUACUUUUGGAGAUGGAACUUUUGGUGUAUUAGGUCAUGGAGAUUGCAAAAGUGUAUCAAUACCUAGGGAAGUAGAAUCUCUGAGGGGAUUACGAACAGUUCGAGCUGCUUGUGGUGUUUGGCAUACAGCUGCAGUAGUGGAAGUAAUGUGUGGAAAUUCAAAUUCUAGCCACUGUUCUUCAGCAAAGCUGUUUACAUGGGGUGAUGGUGACAAAGGGCGUCUUGGACAUGGUGAUAAAGAGAAUAGACUAGUGCCUACCUGUGUUGCAGCUCUGGUUGAGCCAAGCUUCUGUCAAAUUGCUUGUGGGCACAGCCUAACUGUGGCACUUACAACCUCAGGCCAUGUUUACACCAUGGGCAGUGCAGUUUGUGGUCAACUUGGAAAUCCAGAAGCUGAUGGAAAGUUCCCUGUGCGUGUUGAAGGGAAGCUCCUUAAAAAUUUUGUUGAGGAGAUCUCUUGCGGUGCUUAUCAUGUUGCUGUCUUAACUUCAAGAACUGAAGUGUACUCAUGGGGUAAAGGAGCUAAUGGUCGAUUAGGACAUGGCGACACUGAUGACCGAAAUUCCCCAACACUGGUUGAAGCUUUAAAAGAUAAACGAGUCAGAAGUGUAGUUUGUGGCACUAAUUUUACUGCAGCAAUUUGUAUUCACAAAUGGGUAUCUGGAGUUGAUCAGUCUAUUUGCUCAGCAUGUCGCCUUCCAUUCAAUUUCAAGAGGAAACGGCAUAAUUGUUACAAUUGUGCACUUGUUUUUUGUCAUUCUUGUAGCAGUGACAAAUCCCUUAGGGCUUCUAUGGCACCAAAUCCACAUAAAGCAUAUCGUGUCUGUGACAACUGCUUUAUUAAGCUAAACAUGCCCUUGGAAUCUGAUUCAUCGUCUCAUUCUGCUGCUAACACAAGAGGAAACAUCAUUCAGGGAUUGACUGAAACGGUUGAGGAUGAUAAGUUGGAUUCAAGAUCAAACACUCAAUUUCCUCUGUUUUCUUCAUUGGAGUCCUUUAAACAAAUAGAUAAUAGAUCUAAAAAGAUCAAGAAGUUUGAAUUUAUUAGCAGUCGUGUAUCACCAAUUCCAAAUGGAACUCUGCGUUGGGGUGCCCUUAAUAUUUCAAAAACUUUCAAUCCAACAUCAGGAACCUCAAAAAAGUUUUUCUCAGCUGCUGUCCCUGGGUCAAGAAUUGUUUCCAGAGCAACGUCACCUGUAUCGAGAAGGCUCAGCCCUCCUCGUUCUACCACACCAACACCUACACUUGAUGGACUUACUUCUCCCAGAAUCAUUUCUGAUAGUUCAAAAAAUGGAACUGACAGCCUCAGCCAAGAGCUUACCAGGUUAAGAGCUCAGGUAGCAAACCUUACUCUGAAGGCCCAGCUUCAAGAAGUUGAGUUGGAAAGAACAACUAACCAAUUGAAGGAGGCUAUUUCAAUUGCUGGUGAAGAAACCGCAAAAUGUAAAGCGGCUAAAGAAGUAAUCAAGUCACUUACUGCUCAGUUGGAGGACAUGGCUGGAAGACUUCCAUCAGAAGCAGCUGCAACUUAUAAACUCCCUCAAUUGGCAUCCUUCAAUUCUAGUCCCACCUCGAGUGGUAUCUCCAUUGCAACUGUGGAUCGAUUAAGCAGCUCAUUAAGUUCUCAUGAAGCAGAUGUAAAUGGUUCUAGUGGUGUGCUAAUCCCCAACAGACCAAGCCGGAAUAAUGUGGGUAACCCCGUAGCAAGAAAUGCAAGCAAAGCAGUUGAUCCAGGGACCAAGCCGGAAUAAUGUGGGUAAACCCCGUAGCAAGAAAUGCAAGCAAAGCAGUUGAUCCAGAUCCCAAUCAUGAGUCGCAAACGGUUCAGCGAGAAGCAAGCGGAACAAUGGUGGACCGAAAAUCGAGUGAGAGUAUAUGAGCAGUACGAUGUUCGGAUGAUUGACAAGUCCUCCACAAAUACAGCAACUGAUGAAAAUUCUCAUUGAAGUUAGCUUCAAUAACAUUUGCUUCUUUGGAGCCAAGCUAGGAGGGGAUGAAGAACUUCUAACUUAAUCAAUUAGUCCUUGUAAAUGUCAGUAAUUUUUUUACACCCUCAGAAAAGAUUGGAGGGCCUAUUUAUAAAGAAGUGGUUGUUAGUCACAAUUUUUUUAAAGAAAAAAGAAAACAAAAAUCCCUUCAAUUUUCUCAUGUAAAAGGUCAAGUGUUUUGAUCUUGGAGAAUGUAAAUCCUUUAUUAGUUUUGCU